AUGUACACUUCUCUGACAUAUGUCAAAAUUUUGACCGAAAGCCUUAAAGUUCUUAGAAGUGGUCGAUUAAAUUAUUCUUCUCCAGUCAUCAACUUGGAUCUUACUCGGAACAUAAUAUCAACAGUUCAGGAUAAUAGUUUUAUUCUUUUCCCCAAUCUGCUCACACUGUCGCUAAAUAAUAAUCAAAUUAGAAAUUUAACCAGAGAGAUGUUUACUGGACUUUAUAAAUUGCGCUCGCUGUCAGUUUCAAAAAAUUAUAUCACCUUUAUUGCCAACGACACAUUUGAUGACCUGGGAACACUGGUCAACCUUGACAUUAGUUACAAUCAAAUAAUCUAUACGGGCCAUGACCUAAUUCCUGUUCGUAUCUUAAUCCCAUUGAAUAAUCUGGAACAAAUAUACAUCAAUUGGAUCUGCCAACGUGGAACCUACAUGUGUGGAAAAUACCCCAAUAAAGCUCUUCGUGUGCUAAGGAACCUGAAAGUUCUUAGCGUCGAUGGCGCAGAUACUCAUGGCCUAGGACCAGAAAUUAAGAGUCUUAUACACUUGAGGCAUUUGAUAAUAACAGCUCCAGACGCGGUUAACAUUACCGACGAAACAUAUUUUGAUAACGUCCCUUUUAUAACGACGCUACAAUUGUCCACAAUAGGACCGUCCAUAGAGCCAAAGGCGUAUACAAGACUUAAAAACUUGGUUAACUUUACAUAUUCGAUCGCAACAGCUCCGGGAAACAAUUUAUGUCAGAUUUUGAUUGACAUUCAAUAUCUGCUGAAUUCUUCUUUGACCUACUUAACUCUGCGUUCAGUCAAUGACCGAGCGUGUGGUUGCAAAGAACUCGGAGCCGAAGAUGCCAAGUACUUAGCCGUUUUAAAGUUGGUUGAGCUUGACCUGUCUCAGAACUUUCUUGCCUACCUGAGUCCAGAUUUUAUAGAAAAGUUACCAGCAUCAUUAAAGAAGAUUGAUUUAAGUGGGAACGGCUUGUCCUAUGAAAUA